ACAGAUAGUAUUGAUACAUUUUUAAAUAUUUUGUUCAUUUUUUGUUAAGUCAUCUCCUCGAGCAGUUGCGCCGUCGAUGUAUUAGCGACGGCUCCAACUCGCCGAGAACGGAUUGACCAAGCGUGCUACACUGCCAGAGCACAGACCCAAGACCCAACACAAAUAGCGCAACAUUCUUAUUGUAAAAGUUACCGCGAAUGGUUUACUCUCCGUAAUUUGCGAUGUUUUAUUUAAUUCUUACGAACUAUUAAGUGCGAACGACACAUUUCGAACUACGAGUUUUAGUGUUAUGCUGUGUGAUAUUAAUUAUCAAUUUCAGUUUCGACAGUAUCCAACAGUGCUUGGUGAAUUUGCGCAAGACGCUAUAAUUUAUGCCAGAUGUUGAAUAAGGAGAGAAUAAUAUGUUUACCCGCAACAAUAAUAGAAGAAUAGCAGAUUAUCAAGAGGAGAGUUACGGCGCGGGAAAUAUCAUCGGGAAUUUCCGUCGUGCCUCUUCACUGCGACUGCGCGGUGAAAAAAUGGUGCAGCGUUCACCCCUCUCAUCAAGAAAAUAUAUUUCCGUAAUCACGGAAAACUCUAAUCAGAAACAACGAAGCGAUGGCUCUCGCUUACCAGAGCCCUCAUAUCGUCCACGUAGCCAAUCGUUUAAUUCUAAUUCACAUAAACCACGUAAAUCCUGUUUAAAAUCACAUGAAUCAGGCGUGGAUAGAAAGUUAAGCAUGACUGAUCCUGCCCACACUCCACCUGGGUCGCCUGAAGAGUUACCUGAUGAUGAGUCUCUGCAUAGCUAUGGAAGUGCUGCCACAGCUGCUUCAAUAGAUGCUGGUUAUGCUCCUUUUAAUGGAACCACUUUCAGUGGGAGAUCUAUGAGGUAUGUGCUACAUUGCUCAUCACAUGCUGGACUAGUGGGAGAAGAAUAUUUGACACCUACACAGCGUGCUCAAAAGCAGAUUCGUAGACUUAAAAGCUUACUGAGUCAAGCCAAAAAGGAUUUAGAGAAAAAAGAUAGUGAAAUAUUUCAUCUAACAAAAGAGGUUGUGGAACUGAGACUUUACAAAGCAUCAAUAUUUUCACCAGAUGAUAAGUCAAAUUCAAGUGAAAUUGUUACUGUAAGAGAAAAUGAUGAACAAUCCAAUGAACCAGAUGGUGCAAAAUGUGUGGAAGCUUGCAGAUCGUAUGAUGUCACAGACAGUCCCCUGUUUAAACAGCACACUCCAACUAGGUGUCAUGAGAUGCAAGGUUCCUUUACGGACUCUGGGCAUUUUGAUGAUCUUACAAAUUCCUCCUUACAUUCAAAAGAGUCUGUAAACAUGCUGUCUACAAAUGACGCAUCUUGUAUGACCGAAGUAUGUGACGGUGAUGAAGAGCGACGAAACCUAAUAUUGUUUUAUGAUAAGAAAAUUGAAGAUUUAAUGAGGUCACAUGUUGGAGAGACACAGGAUAUGAAGAAAGCCCACAACGACAAAGUCGAAUCGUUGCUACAAAAACUGGCUGAUGUCAACACUAGAUAUUGUGAAUUGUUGCCAAAUUAUGAACAGGCUAAGGAGAGAAUUCAUGUCUUGGAAAAGCAGCUGGAAGAUGCCAGCAAACAAUUAGAAGAUGAAGAAAACCGACAAAGAUCUAUGUAUCUACAGAUGUACAAUAAAGGAUUAGAGGCUGCCAAAUUUGAUAUGGAUAAGAAGUGUGAGACUGCUGGAGAACCAUCGCAAAGCCAGCUUGGCCGAGUGUCAGUAGAGGAGUUGCUGGAUCAGUUGCAGAUUACACAAACAGAGCUCGAGAAUGUUAGAGACACAGCAUUCACAACGGACCGAACGGCAAAAUCUCAAGUACUUCUAAGUGCAAAGGAGGCUGUUUCUUUAUGGGUCCUAGGAGCUCGUAAGGCUAUGUACCGCCGUAUCGUUGAGGCCCAAAAAGGCAGAAAAUCCAACGUGGACCCAGAAAUAACUCUGCAGUUUUUGAAAUCGGCUAUUUACUAUUUCCUCACUGAUCCGGAGAACCAUCAGGGGCAUUUGAACGCAAUCGAGAAUAUUCUCGGUUUCACGGACGCCGAAAAGCAAAAUAUACGAAAAGCGAGACCUGUUUAGACUGCAAGUGUGAUAUAUUAUUUAUUAGUGUAGGUACAAGGUUAACGAAACAUGUUUCUCGUUCAAACAAUAUUAUCUGUAGAAAUGUACUGGUAACAUAUUUAUAAGUUUAAAGGCACAGACAUUUUAGGGGAUACAGAUUCGUCCGAAGGAAACUACAAUAAUUAUUUUUUUUAUUUGUAGAAUAAGCUUAAAUAUUCAUAAAUGUUACAUACACAAAGUUAAUAUUUAUCAGAUGGGAUAAUAAUAGUACAGAACUUAUUUAUUUAUAUUUAGGGUAAGUAGUAUUUGCUAUUUUCUCAUAAUUUCAAUCGUGCCGUUAAAUAUCCCAUAUUAAAACUUUUUUGUAUUAUUUUUUUUUUAAUCGGGUUGAUAUCGUAAUAUGUACCUACCAUGCCUAUAAAUACCGACAUACCUAAUCUAUGAAUUUUCGCCGUUAUAUUUGGUUUCGCUGAAUUUACUUGAAUAUGGAAAGCCAAUAAUGAAAAACUUAAAAGUAAUGAAGACUUUUUUAUUCAAUACUGAAAUUCUUAUCAGCCAACCAUAAAUCAUAAUUAUAUAAAUUCGAUGGAUCUUAAGAAAAGCAGUUCAUUCAAGCAGCAAUUCGCUAAAAUUUCACUGUCCAAAAUUAUGUUUAUUUGCAUUACUUUUUAGUAUCUCAAUAUUUUUUAAUUAUUGUUGUCCAAUAUUAUCAGUCUGCUUUUGAUUAAAUAUUUUACACCAAGGUAUACAUACCCAGCGCAGUAUUAACUAUUAAUAUAAAAAGGAAAGACGAAAUAAAGAGUAAGUACAUAAUUAAAAUAAAAUCUAAAGAUAAAUUGCUUAUGUUUUAAAGUUGGCCAAUAUCUGAAAGGUUUUUUUUUAAAUAGAAAAUGUUGUUUAUGGUAAUUGUAAAGUAAGCAUCACGCCCUUUCCCGAGGGAUUUUGAGGGUAGGAAGCUUGAUUGAGUUAUUUGGAUUUUCAUUUUAUUUUUCUAAACAUCCAGAUGACCGGAGAGCGUUUUAGGCAGUUAGGUAUUAAACAUAUCGUUACCUGUAUUAACUGCAACUUACUGUCACGGCUUUGAAUGUUAACACGUAUAGAUUUUUCACGAUCCAAGGAUUUUGUCAUUCUUUCAAAUCAUUUUAUUUUUUGUACAUUAAGCUUCCACCAUUGUUCACAAGCUUCAAGUAUUUGUUAAGACACUCCUUUUGUCUUACCGGUAUAUCCCAACCGUUCACAAAUGUUGGUAUGUUUGUUCAACUUUAGUUGUGGAUCCGUCUACUGCAGGAUCUACUUUACAGUUGAAAGCCUGCUAGAACCCAAUAAUGGACUUAAAGAAAUCGACUUGAGAUGUCGCUGAUAAUGAACUUUAACAAUUUGUUAUAAAUAUAUUUAAUACCAAGAUUUUUGAAUGGUAUAGGUGUGGGACAGUUGUGUAGCGGAUACAAUAGUUUUGAAGUUGUUAUCUCUAUCUCUAGAGGUGUGGCUUUAAAUGCGUCCAUAAAUUGUAGUACAAGUAGCAUUUUUCUUUUAAAAUUUCCUCGACAAUUCAACGUUAUUUCAAACGUCUGGCUCAUAAGCCGACUGAAGUUAUUAGCGAGUAGUUAUUGGUAGAUAUAUCGAUCUACCCUCUUUUUCACUCUUUUCUGUGUCGAACUUUAUUCGUUUCUUUUUCAAACGCAAUUCGGUCACGGGGUAACUGGCAUUGUAAUUCUUCGAUUCCUGCACAUUCUCAGAACAGGAUUCCAGACUUAUCGGUUGAAAUUCCCGUGUUUGGUAAUCGCAAUGGCCUCCCAUACUUAUCUUGGUAUGUAGUGUCGCUCAUUUGGGAUUACUAAGAAGGAUAUGUAAAUGGAUACAGUAAUUUGAGGGUGAUGAAGAAUCGGUAGAAAUGACAUUAUUCAAGAUUAGUUCAUUGAUAGGAUUGAAAUACCUGCAACCGACUACUCACUAGUAUCUAGUCACCUAUAUGAACCCAAGACGUUUGAAAUGUAGGAGAAAACUAUAACUUUUAAAGCUAUCAUGGUUUGAACGCAUAACAGUUCUUAACGGGAUAUUUGCCAAGGGUUUUCGGAGUUUCCUCUAUAAUUGAACAUUACUGCUAACAUCUUGCUUACAAGUGACUGAAGUCAAUUAGCGCAAAUAUCGAUCUACCCACUUCUUCACUUUAGUAGUACGUCAAACUGGUAUAAAUAUUCCGUUAAAACCGCUAAAUCAAAGCUAGAGUGACAUUAGAUAAUAUUUCUAUACAUUCGGUCAGCGCCGAAUGUGGGUCCCAUUCACGUUAGAUUCUAGUUCUAUUGACUUACCUUUAGAAUGCUCUGAUUUUGAUUUAUGUUGCAUGCUAAUAAAUUAUCGUUCUACCCGCAAUGCACGCAUGGGGUAAACUGUCUUAUUUGUGAUCUAAGUAUUUUUAGUUAUCCGAAAAUUUACAAUAAACUGGGUUUUAUUACAUGAUAUUUUCGGCUCGUUUUGAAAAUUUUUUUUUCUUAUUGUGAUUUUAUUUAAUAUUAGGCGCCAAAGAAAACAUUCCUAUUGUAUUACUAAUACAUAUUUGUUGUGUGCAAUUUAGUUUAUUAAGGAUACAGCUUAUUUACAUGACAUUAUUGUGUUGUUAUAUUUUUUUCUGUUUCCUUUUUUAGUUAUUUGUUUUAUUUAAAAAUGUUUAUUUCAAACGUCAUCUGAGCUAUUGCUUACGAACUUGGUAGCUUAGGAGAUAAAUUUUAAACGAUAGUAAUUUAGGUAGCUCGUGAGAUUGAGUUAAGCCGUCCACCGUUGGAAUUUAUUUUCUUAGUUACUGAAGCACUUAUUUUUGUGAUCAUUGUCUUCUUGCCAAUGAGAUGCGUCUGUGAUUAGUUUCGCAUAAUAUUUUUAUUAUUUCAAUCUUUGUCGCGUAGUUGAUCUACUUAAUUAAAGAUAAUUGUGAAGAUUGUGAACUCAACAGUUUGGUUUACCUAGACAGCACUAGUUCUGCAAUUAUAGUUAUCUAUUAUUUAUUUAUUUUGGACUAUGUACUUAAACAUCACAUUUAAAUCGCAACUGUUUUCUAGGUUUAGCAAAUAGUUGAGUCGGUCGGUCGAUUGAUUGAUUUUGCAUCUCGCAUAAUAUGUUGUAAGAAAUAAAUAUCUAUACUGUACCUAAUUAAUUAAUAGUAGGUAUCAAGGUGUUUUACUAAUUCACAGCUGGUGAAUUAUCGAAUUAUUUCAUGACAAUUAUUGUGACAGCUUUGUUUUGUUUCAAUAAACGGUUAUCAAGUUGAGAA